UAAUAAGGAGUGGAAACAUAAUCCAGCUCUCUCGCGCGCGCUCUCUCUUUCUCUUUCUCUCUCGUUUUCCAGUCACCAGAGGCGAAUAACGGAACCAGUUAGACCGCAAAUUGCUUGACAGUUUUAAGUUUAAACUUUUUGAUACCGUAGUUUCUAAUAAUAACGCUUCGUGUCCACCUUUAGAACUCUAAACACUGUCUCUUUAAGAAGGUUUACCUACCGACCUCCUGUUGAUCCGACAAUAUUUCCCCAUACAUUACGGUUCUUCUGCAUCUCCUGCUAUUCUCUCUGCGCUUUACUUCAUUCUUAACUGUUUAUUUAUUUAUUUAUUCACUUUGGAAACUUGAAGAAGCUCAAACAUGGCAGAGGUAGGGAAAGGAGUCAACGCCGGGAAACUGGCCAGUAAUGUACAGAAGAGGAUAACCAGAGCACAAGAGAAGGUGAUGCAAAAGUUGGGUAAGGCGGACGAAACGAAAGACACAGCCUUUGAGGAGGGAGUGGCCAACUUUAACAAGCAGCUGGCCGAUGGCACCAAAUUGCAGAAAGACUUGAAAGCGUAUUUGGUGGCAGUCAAAACCAUGCACGAGAGUUCAAAGCGUCUGCAUGACUGUCUGGCAGAAAUGUACGACCCUGAGUGGUUUGGCAAAGAGGAGGUGGACUCCAUCGCAGAGGACACUGACCUUCUGUGGCAAGAUUUCCACCAAAAGCUUGUGGACAAUACCCUCAUUUCCAUGGAUACAUACUUGGCUCAAUUUCCAGACAUAAAGGCUCGGAUUGCUAAGCGUGACAGGAAGCUGGUAGACUUUGACAGUGCCAGACAUCAUUUUGCUUCUAUACAAAAAGGCAAGAAAAAGGAUGAGGCCAAAAUUGCCAAGCCUCUGACUCUGGUGGAGAAGGCUGCUCCCGGCUGGGCUCAGGGAAUAAUCACAGCACAUCAGAUCGCACAAACUAACCUCUCAAGAAACCAGGCUGAGGAAGAGUUGGGGAGAGCUCAGAAGGUAUUUGAGGAGAUCAAUUAUGAGCUCCAGGAGGAACUUCCCACCCUGUGGGACAGUCGUGUUGGCGUCUAUGUUAACACAUUCCAGAGUGUAUCUGGCCUGGAGGAAAAAUUUCACAGGGAUAUGGGCAAACUGAACCAGAAUCUAAGUGAUAUUAUGACCAAACUGGAAGAGCAACGUCUAGCCAAAAAAGGUGUCACGACAGCAAGCACUGUGAAGAGCGAAGAAGCAGCCAACCACAGUCUCUCAGAGUCUGGGUCAGACGCCCCUAAAUCACCACAAAAGAAUGAAGCUCCAGCAGUGACAAAUGGCUCAUCAGAUGCAGAGCUUCCUCCAUCGGUUCUCUAUAAGGUGAAAGUAAUGCAUGACUAUGGAGCAACAGACAGUGAUGAACUUGACCUGAAGGCUGGUGACAUUGUGCUUGUGCUUCCCUUUGCCAACCCAGAUGAACAGGAUGAAGGCUGGUUAAUGGGAGUUAAAGAGUCACACUGGAUUCAGAAUAAAAACCUCCUAGUGAAAGGAGUCUUCCCUGAAAACUUCACCCAGAAACUGUGAGCGGAACAGCCAUCUCACAAUCACCUGUUCUUAUCCUUCGUUUUCUCACCACUCUACUGUGAUGCCAUUUUUUAUAAAACAUCUUCAAAAAUAAGGGCUUCUCAAGCCCAAAAAAAAGCUCUGUUCUAUAACAUGGUAACUUUCAUAGAAUUGGAGUAAGAAUAAAUGAAAAAUUCAUCAGAUGAGAUUUGCAGCAGUAUGCUUUACACUAAAAAGUGAUAUGGACACAAUUAAAAGAUGCCAGAUAUGGAUGAAGAUCAAGGCCGAUUUGAUUGAUGUUUGUCGUUGGGCCAUUUUGGGAAGUUUGUUUAGUACAUGAAGCAUCAGUUAGCAUCUUUUUUUUUUUUUUUUUUUUUUUUUUUCAUCAACUGACUUUGACACAUCAAUCAAUAUAUUUCAGUGAAAUCUUUUACUUUUUUGCUUAAAGUCAACAUGAAAUCAAAAUUGACCCUAAUUACUUUCUUAAAGGGAUAGUUUACCCAAAAAUGAAAAUUAUCCCAUGAUUUACUCACCCUCAAGCCACAGUCAUGUAUAUGACUAUCUUCUUUCAGAUGAACACAAUCAGAGAUAUAUUUAAAAAUAUCCUUAGUCCUCCAAGGUUUAUAAUGGUUGUGAAUGGGGGGCCGCGUUUUGAAGUCAAAAAUAAUGCAUCCAUCCAUAAAAAAAAAGGUAAUCCAUACGACUCCAGGGAGUUAAUAAAGGCCUUCUGAAGUAAAGUGAAGCGAUGCAUUUUUGUAAGAAAAAUAUCCAUAUUUAAAACUUUAUUAACUAUAAUACUAGCUUCCGGCGGAUGACCGUACACAGAAUGCGCAAGUCAGUUUGCGGAGGAAGAGUAUCCUUUGACCUGACGAACGCGGAGGCACAGAGGAUAGAGCAAAACAAAUCACCAGUCACGGAUUAUAUGUCUAAAACGAUUUCGAUAUAAGAGGAGCUUAAAUUUGUUGCACAGCCCUAUUUGUUUGAUCCGUGAGAGGCGUCUAAGCUUACAAUACUCCAACAUUCUGCAUCAUACAUUGCGUUAGAGGAUUACUCAUUUGGCGCAAGUCAACUUGCGCAUUCUGCGUACGGUCAUCCGCUGGAAGAUAGUUAUUUGAAUUUAUAAAGUUUUAAAUAUGGAUAUUUUUUCUUACAAAAACGCAUCACUUCACAUCAGAAGGCCUUUAUUAACCCAUUGGAGAUUUUUUAUGGAUGGAUGCAUUAUUUUUGACUUCAAAACGCGACCCUCCAUUCACAACCAUUAUAAACCUUGGAGGACUAAGGAUAUUUUUAAAUAUAUCUCUGAUUGUGUUUGUCUGAAAGAAGAUAGUCAUAUACACCUAGGAUGGCUUGAGGGUGAGUAAAUCUUGGGAUGAUUUUCAUUUUUGGGUGAACUAUCCCUUUAACAUCCUUUUUUGUUCUUACUGUGAACUAUUCUUCAGUGCUUGUUCACACACUGUAAAAUAAAAACUGUGUUAAUAACUGUUAAAAUAAUAGCAAGUGCAAAGAGUGAUAGAUGCUCUUCACACAAAGUGUAAAUAGAAGUAAUAUACUAUAUGUACUAAAGGUAAAAUAUCUGAGCAGUAGUGGGCAGAGUUAGUGAAAGUAGCCUUUGUCAACAAGGUUGGAUAUCUGCAAUUAGUAUAAGUAGAAAUUGUGUAUUUUAUCAAGAUAAAACAGUUGGCUGAUGUCACAAAUCCCUGUUGGUAUCUAAACCAAUCAAUUUCUAAUGCAUAAAAAGCAAGUCCUGCUGUACACUAUAUCCUUUUUUUUAUUCAGAAAUACGUUGGGAAUAAAGUAGGAAGUGCUAACUCUAUUUCAUGGUGACUUUAAAGUUUUGCUGAUUUCAUUAUCUCGAGUCUCCUGAACAUGUAGAGCCCAUUCAUCCCCUUAGUUUUAUAAUAUUUUAAACUCUUGUUCCAUAGAUGGGGUAUCUUGCAGCAGUACAUGAGAGGGGCUCAUCUCAAUACUUUUAUGAUCAAUAACUUCAUGAUAUGUAUGUUCUUCUUUGUUCUGUUAUUGAGGUCUUCAGGUAUAUGCCACCAAAGAUUAUGACAAUUAUGCUAUGGGACAAACCACUGUGGUUAUACUGUAUGAACAACAGUUUGCCUGAAACAAUUUUUACUACGUAUUUUAAAAUGGAAGAGGUUCAAACAUUUGUCAUGGGUGCAUGAAUGUUUUAUAGAUACUUUUAGAAUAGUGCGCAUAUACUGUAAUCUGGAGAAAAUGAAGAAUCUCAAAAAUAGAUUUCAUUUUUCUUUUGAAUGACUAGGUAUUGAUCUAAAUUGAUAAAAAUGUACUCUGUAAUGCACUGAUACUCUGAUGACAGGCAGCAUUAGUGUGGAAUUCACUAAAUGAAUUAAGCUGAAUUUAUUCACAAUGUACAGCAUCACGCCACCACUGUGAUCCAGGCUGAAUCAGUUAUCUAAAAUGGUGUGCUUGACUGCAUCUGCGUCUGGUUAUAAUGCUCUUCUUUGUCAUUUGAUGAAUAACCACUGUCAUGCUCAAUAGAAAUAUGUGCACAAACAUCUCUUUUUAAUAAAAUUCAGUUUUCUAUAAUGUUGAACAAUUAAAUCACGUAAGAAAUGACACUGCAUUUAGUAAAUUGCCUCUCUGUUUUAAUACCUAAUGUCAAAAUUUGAUCUCAAAUAUACUGGGAAUCUGAUUUUGCCAAAACCUUUGAGGGUAAAUUAGCUGCUAAUUUGUGAACUGUUAUUCUUGUUUUGUCAACUCUGGUAUUGUCAGUAUGUACUGUAUACAUUUUAGUUUAUAUAUUAACUCUCUCUGACCUGUUUACAUAUCAGAGCUAUAAUUUUCUCAACCGAUAAGCUCUAUAUUUGAAUAUAGUUUUGAAUAUUAAAAUAUUAAUCAGACCUUUGAAAUGAACAGCUGCAAGAAGUCUUUUCAGGUCUAUUCAUGGUUCCUUCUAACAAAGAUGUGUAAAUGUUUGGUGACUCUCUGAAUAUCUCAAUGAUAAAGGUUCUGAUAUUUAAAACUAUCCUGUGGAAAAACUGAGAUGUAUCACAUUAACUAUAUAUAUAUACAUUUGAUCAGAAAGGGAAAUUGUGUCCUGCAGCAUUAUAGUAGGAUGCUCUGUCUUAACAUGCAGUACUCUGUAAGAACCACCCUGUCUGGCAGACUUUAAGAAGCAUAUUAAAAUUAAAAUCAUGCUGAACUUAAAA